GCAACGUCUCCUUAAAGCUGAACAGAGUGACUCUCUCUGAUACUGGAAGCUACAAGUGCUUCAUUCCAACACUGAUGAAGGAAACCACCAUUCAACUCUUUGUUGGUGUUGUAUCCCAGCCAGUGAUCUCUAUUGAUGGAAGUAAAGGCUGGGGGUGGUCCUGAAGUGUGAGUCUGGAGGCUGGUUUCCUGAACCUCAGAUGGAGUGGCUGGACAGUUCUGGAACCUUCCUCCCUGCUGAUGGACCUCCAGAGAAAUACAGAGACUCAGAGGGCCGCUACGCUCUGAGACGACAUGUCACUGUGAACAAGACUGACACCAACAGGUUCACCUGUAGAGUUCACCAGACGGAGAUCAACCACCUGAAGGAGACAGAGAUCCAUGUCCCAGAUGAGGUGUUUCCUAAAUCACAAGUAGGGUUGAUUGUUGGUCUACUAAUAGCAGCAGCAGUUGUAGUUCUUGCAGCUUCAGUUGGUGUCUACAUGUGGAGAAAACAUAUUGAAGAGAAGAAGCGUAGAGAACUACUGGAAGAACAAGUGAAGGACUUCAAAUUGAAAAGGGACGUGAAGCGUGAUGCCAAGUUUGUGAAAAGAAACAUUGAUCACCUCAUCCAGAGGGUUACCAUGGUGAUUCCCAUAGCAUUUUACUUGAUCCGUUCUGAGAGGUACUCUAAGAUCCAUGCUGCCAGGACCAGACAGGACCAGAUGGAACUGUUGUACGAGGCUCUAGACUUUGGAGGGGUUAAAAUGAAAUCAGACUUUUACAGGAUUCUACUGGAUCUGGAACCUGACCUUGUCAACGACCCGGGAGCCAUAUUUGUGGACGUCCAUAAGGAUCAACUCAUUCAGAGGGUUACCAAGGUGAAGCCCAUCCUUCAUGAGCUGUUCUAUGAGGAGUUGUUCUGUAACACCAGGAUCAACCAGAUGACCAGCCAGGAACAGAUGAGACAGUUGUACCAGGACCUAGAAGUAGCAGAAGACUCAAGAAGUGUGAAAUUAGACUUUUACAGGAUUCUCCUGGAUCUGGAAUCUAACCUUGUCAGAGACUUGGACAAGCUCAAAAUAGAGACUGAGGUCAGAAGACAGAGUGGUGAGUUGUGUGUGAAAGUCUGCAAUAAUGAUGAUGUAGGUUAACUCUACUACAUCAAUAGACUGAGAUAUCAUCCAUGUAUCCUGCUAUAGUUUACUAGGGUGAACCCAAUAGACUGAGAUAUCAGCCAUGUAUCCUGCUAUAGUUUACUAGGGUGAACCCAAUAGACUGAGAUACCAGCCAUGUAUCCUCCUAUAGUUUACUAGGGUGAACCCAAUAGACUGAGAUACCAGCCAUGUAUCCUCCUAUAGUUUACUAGGGUGAAC